CACAUGACAUAAGUCCAGGAGAGGAGAUCACCUAUAAUUAUGGUGAAUCAGACUGGCCAUGGAGAUGCAAGGUGGUCAAAAUUAUACUUUGUGAAACUCAUAGUUCUCAUAAAGGACAUCCUCUUACCAUACAAUAAUUACCAUACAUAAACAUAUUCUAUCUUGCUUUGUCCGUAACAUAAUUUAUAGUGCAUUAAAUACAGUAAUUCAAAUUCAUGGUUGAUGUAGUGAAAUACAUCUACACUGCCACAUACACACAUGAAAGACAAUGAUUGUAUUAGAACAUUUAUAUUUCCUUGAUUUCAUCAGUCUGAUAUCUGUCAUUAAAAUCUCCAGACACUUAAAGAAACAUCUAUGGAGGGGCAUCAGGAUGAGGUGUCCAUAUCGGAGCCCACUACAGGUACUCAAAAGGCAUCAACUAGUCGGAGGCGAAAAAAGGCAUCUAUGGCUGCAUCAACUGGUCAACUGGUUAAAAGCUUUGAUCAGAAUCCUGAUGAGGAAAUACCUCAGGAAAAUUCUGAGACUACAAUUUUGACACCCCUAACUGAAGAUUUUGAAGAGCCAUUGGCUGAGAGCAGUCGGAUCCAGAUAGUUGAAGACCAGAUUCAGACAAGUCCAGGUCCUGGUCCACUCAGCGGGCAUGGAAAGAAUCCUAAUGAGGAAAUACCUCAGGAAAAUUCUGAGACUACAAUUUUGGCAUCCUCAUCUGAAGAUUUUGAAGAGCUAAUGGCUGAGAGCAGUCGGAUCCAGAUAGUUGAAGACCAGAUUCAGACAAGUCCAGGUCCUGGUCCACUCAGCGGGCAUGGAAAGAAUCCUGAUGAGGAAAUACCUCAGGAAAAUUCUGAGACUACAAUUUUGAUACCCCUAACUGAAGAUUUUGAAGAGCUAAUGGCUGAGAGCAGUCGGAUCCAGAUAGGUGAAGACCAGAUUCAGACAAGUCCAGGUCCUGGUCCACUCAGCGGGCAUGGAAAGAAUCCUAAUGAGGAAAUACCUCAGGAAAAUUCUGAGACUACAAUUUUGGCAUCCUCAUCUGAAGAUUUUGAAGAGCUAAUGGCUGAGAGCAGUCGGAUCCAGAUAGUUGAAGACCAGAUUCAGACAAGUCCAGGUCCUGGUCCACUCAGCGGGCAUGGAAAGAAUCCUGAUGAGGAAAUACCUCAGGAAAAUUCUGAGACUACAAUUUUGAUACCCCUAACUGAAGAUUUUGAAGAGCUAAUGGCUGAGAGCAGUCGGAUCCAGAUAGGUGAAGACCAGAUUCAGACAAGUCCAGGUCCUGGUCCACUCAGCGGGCAUGGAAAGAAUCCUAAUGAGGAAAUACCUCAGGAAAAUUCUGAGACUACAAUUUUGGCAUCCUCAUCUGAAGAUUUUGAAGAGCUAAUGGCUGAGAGCAGUCGGAUCCAGAUAGGUGAAGACCAGAUUCAGACAAGUCCAGGUCCUGGUCCACUCAGCGGGCAUGGAAAGAAUCCUGAUGAGGAAAUACCUCAGGAAAAUUCUGAGACUACAAUUUUGACACCCCUAACUGAAGAUUUUGAAGAGGUAUAUCUUCAUUAG